CCAGUGCCUCCAUCUCUUGGGACCACACGAGUAAUCUCGUGGCCAGAGACGCUCCAAUGAAGACAAGGUGCUUUCAAUCACGCCACAUCCUUAUCACCAUUCCAUCAGGCUUCUCUUGGAUAUAUUGAAAGGCGAGUCUGCCUCACAAGCAGCAGAGCCGAGGUGCACUGAAGCUACCAUGCCCUACCCUCCUUGUCAUUGGCAUUGAGCCGUCGGGUGUCUGCCCAAGUACUGACCACUAUAGAGCCUGCCAUGCGCAAUGGGACAGGUCGUUUUUAAUCAGCUUGUUUGCUCCAAUGCCGAAACGAUCGGGGCAUCAGGUGCUUUCCCAAUGACCAUCUACCACACCUGCUGAAUACGUCCAGUUGCACCUAGGUACCAUUGGUAUUCUCAUUUGAUCUGCGGCAUUCCGAGAUGCGACGUCCCGUUGAUCGGACCUGGACAGUGGCUGCUGCGCGCUGCACUCUGCCGCCAGCCGUCUUUUCACCUCCCAACACCCUCGCAGCUCAUAUCGUUGUUGAACCCGCUUCCUUUUGGGUUGGCAGCCGACAACCAAUCAGCCACGACGAUGGCCAUGACCUCACAGGCGCUUCUUCCUGCAUCUGUCACGAGAGAGUCCUGGCUGCAGGAACCAAUGUUUGCCCGUGCAUUUGACAGCUGGCUCUGGGCCUGUUCACUCGGGUGGGGUGUGUUCAAUAACCUUGGAAGUUCCGUCUCCGCGUCCAAGGUUCUCCCCCCACAGUCUCCAGGCUGUUCGUCCUUUCAACAACAUUGUACUCCAUCGACUAUACACCUAGAACGAAACGACGCCCCUGGGAAUUUUAUGAUCCUGAUUGGUUGUAGGCGACAAACAAUCUUGCCUCUCGAUUCAUAACCGGUCGGCCCUUGGUCACGGUUGCUUGCUGGGGUUGACUUGAUGUCCAAGUGGUGACCGCCCGGACUGCUGGAUGCGAUAUUCCAUCUCAUCCACUGCACGGCUCCCUUCCCCGGGCUUAGAUCGCGUCGACCCGGUCAAAUCUUGAAUUUGAUUAUUGGUUGAAAGCCUCCAAGGAGACCGGUCAAGCUAUCGUGCCGGGUUCAGUAGCCUGAGCUCAGUCGGUGACUCCAAGCAUCGCGAUUGGAUACACAGGACCACCCGAGGGAUGCUCUGCAUCAGUCGGCUGUUGUACAUUGGCUCUUCUCCUGGUCUGUCCUCGGCAACUUCCACGGUAUCCCGUGACGCCCGGCGGUUGUGAAAGGCAGAACCAGACGUUCAGGUUGUGCAGUCCAGAUGGAACGGCCCGGUCAAGAUGAGUUCCGUUCUUAUAAGACCAACAAGAUGAUUCCACUCUACAGACAUGAGGCAUUUGCUUCCGUUGGAACUAGUAAUCCGACAAGCACGAGAGGACGCAAGAGAGACCGCUUCAGCCCAGAGAACGCCAACGUCCCAGCUGCUAAGCCGGUCGCGAAGAAGGCACGCACCCUAGCACACCGUUACCCCGGAGUCCACGUCGAGGUCUGGCACCAGUCCGAGUUGUCGGUGCAAACCAAGACAACAGCUGAAUACGAGUUGGGACAGCAACUGCCUGUGCCCGCUCUCACACCAAGUUCAGGGCUAUCAUCCACACUAGGGACGUCCAGGUCAUCCUUCAUACCUAUAUGUAACGGGUGGCCCUCGUACCAAGUGACCUGUUUCGAGCCGGGCACGCAGGGUGCACAGGAAUCAGUGUGCUUGCAGUCUUUUCCACCUGUGCUUGCAGCUCUCAGCUUCCCCACUUAUUCUAGAUUCGGUCAAAGCUCUUCUGACACGUCUUCGCUAUCAACAGUAUCGAUUAACAGCAGUCCUCAGGCUGGACUCUUCGAGUCUCAAGUCUUCUUCGCUCCCAAGCAGACAGAAGGCUUUGACUUGCACACCGAGGCGUGCAACGAUUUUCUUCCCACAUGUCAAGAUACAACCUCUGACCUCGCCGAGUACCCCCACUCAGGCCUUCCGUGUUUCCCUGAGCCAGUUCCUCACGACGUUGUGAUGGGUGGCGGAGAGCGGUUUCCAAUCUCACAACACGAUGUGGCCUCCAACCCCGCACUUGUGUCGAAGCCAGAACAACAGCAACACACAUUGUAUCACGACCCUUGGCAGACGCAAGAACUAGGUGUUACUCCGAUGCCGAAUCUUCUGGCCUGGACUGAUACAGAAAUACCGGCUCAACACCCCUUUUCACAGAGGGCCUCCCAUGUCGAUACUCCUCCAUCCCAACCUCUCCUCAGUCGGGAGGAAGACCGUUUCAAUGACACUGCCCACGAGGACCAGAUGAGCCACAAUGAUGGGUUGCCGUUGCGACUUUCGCGGUUUCAGGACUCGGGAGUCGAGGACGCUGGUGUUGGUGAAAAGAUACUUGCCGUCUGUGAGAAUAGCCAGGGCACAUCCGAGUGCGCGUGUGCGGGACAUUCUCCCAACAGUCCUUGUUCGUCAUGCGCCAGCCCACAAUCAUGGGUUAUGGUCACAUAUGAGUUGGUGAAGCCCUCCAAGGACGACAAACCCAAGAAACUACCCAAGCCAAGGAAACGUCUUGACCACAACGCCCGGGCACAGACCUCUCAAACAAGGGAGGUGGGAGCUUGCGUCCGAUGCAAGAUACAACGAGUGAGAUGUGUGCCCAAUGGUGACGAUCCUUGUGGACCUUGCGAAGCCUGCUCCCGGGUCGCCUUGAACCACUCACGAAAGGUGCUGCAUCACAUCGGCUGUCACAGAUACAUAUUGAGAGAGCUUGUCCUCUUCCGAUCCUCAGGGUCGAGAGUCACCGAUCGAUGGCAUAGUGCUCAGGUUCGCAACGUAAUGACAGAGGGCAAGACAUUUACAGUCAAGAUUGAGCAGGACUUUGUGGGCCGUUCUUUUGAAUGCCAAGUCCGUAAGGUAUCCAACAACCCCAACAGCACCCACAAAGAUAGGACCACACGCGACUGGUAUAAUGGAACCACUGUCAAACGCGAGGCCGUCUUGGAAUAUGCCCUUGUCGACGUCAAUGAGACUAUGAUCCGCUACAAAGACUACAUACGUGACAACGUCCUCGGGCACAACUACCCACCAGCAAUUGCCAAGGUUGUGGAAGGUUAUCGGAAGCCGGAGCAAGGGGUCGACACCACAAUCGUUGCAGAAGUCUACGAAAAGGCUUGGGCUUACUUUUGCAGCCUUCCCAGCGAGGAAAAAACAUGGGACUUCUAUCAGCCUUGGCCUCGGGGAAACAAAAACGACAGUGAGAAGUUGGUUUCCGAGAAGGGGUUUCUUCUUGGCUUGUUUGAGUUACAGUUUGCGUUGAGACAUUCGACUGGAUGGUCUUGGCUUGGUGAAGGAGUCAAUAUCCCGAAUGCCCGUCCAUGUCAAGAUUUUCCGCCGCUAAAGGGACGAAUCAUGACACCACGAAUGGUAGUGGGUCAACUUGACUGUAUUCGGAUUUCUUGUGUUCUGAAGCCACUGACGCGAGCAAUUUUGCGGGUGAUGAUGUCGUGGGUUGGUGAUCGACAAUACAAUCGCUGGAUGAGUAUUUUUUUUGCCACGUUUGUGCUCCUUAGCGAGCUUUCCAAAAUCACUGAAGAUGCCUACCUACACGGCUGGUAUGAUAAGGAUAUCAAAGGUGAUGGCCCCAAGCAUGCUCACAUCAUCAGAGACGUCCAUGAGUCUGCCAACAUUCUGCUUGCACAUUGGCACUAUUACAGCUGCAGCACUGACCCGUUCGGACCCUUCGACAAGAAAUACCCUCGGAGCAAAACACCAUUGAGAGAGCUGACUCCUGAUCAGCUCGUCAUGGUCCAGAACCUCUGGAGUGGGCUACGGCAGUGGAAGGAGAGGCCCUGCGACGAUGAGUUGUACAAGAACACGAAAAACGAAAAGUGGUGGCAGAAAUGGUGCCACAGUCUGUACUUCGUCGACCAGAUGAUUGACACGAGUUGGAAGCCGCGACAAGUCUUUGCUUGAUAGAAAAAUCUAUAUCAGCUCAGGCUGAAUGAUAGUGUGUGUCGAAAAAUGGGGCAUCACAGCGCGCGUACCAAUUUCUUUUUUCUUCCUUUUGGGCUUUUUGGUCAGUUCUCUGUCUCUCCGAUUUGAGGUUUUGGAGCGUGAGUACGGUUGUGCGUCAGGAAAAGAACGCGAAAAUGGUGCCAAAUGACUUGCAAACCCAACAUUGAAGUGGGGCGUCAUGAAGUUUACGAAUUUUCACGAAGUCUACGAGGCUAUGGCACGUGGGGCAAUCUUGAUCGAGCCGACGGGAUUGGGAGGUGCCUGAAUGGCUAGAUACAUGCCGAAAGCCCUCAACUUUGGAACUCGCGCUGCAAGUUCUGUAGACCUUUCCACGAAACGAAUUCGAUUCAUCGAAAGCAAGUGUUCUGUCACAAAAUGAGGCCCUAGUGAAGCGGUGGAGCUCCUGAAGUCUCUAUAGAGUCCAAGUGUGCAUAGUCUAGUUGAGGAGACUUGAGCACUUGGCCUAAAAAUCAAUAGUGGAUAAGCUUAAAGAACAA